UAUCGGUGUCCUAAUUGAUAGAUCUCUUGUAACUAUUGAUCGGUAUAACAAAUUAAGAAUGCAUGAUCUAAUACAAGACAUGGGAAGGGAAGUUGUAAGAGAAGAUUCUCCAUUAGAGCCUGGAAAUCGAAGUAGAAUUUGGCACCCUGAAGAUGUUUAUGAAGUACUUACUCAAAAUACUGGAUCAAGGAAAAUUCAAGGCAUGAUGGUGGACCUCCCAGAUCAUUAUAUGGUACACUUGACAGCAAGCACCUUUAAAAGGAUGAGAAAUAUGAAAAUUUUUAUAGUUAAGAACGCACACAUUUUUGGGAGCCCUCAACAUCUUCCAAACAAUUUAAGAUUGCUUGAUUGGAUGGAAUACCCCUCCUCAUCAUUACCAUCUAAUUUUCGUCCAAAGAAACUUGUUGGACUCAACUUAUCUCGUAGUUGUUUUGCCAUGCAGGAGCCAUUCAGGUAUUUUGAUUCUUUGACAUCUAUGGAUUUGAGCCACUGCGAUCACUUAACAAAACUUCCUGACAUUUCUGGAGUUCCAAAUUUGACAGAAUUAAAUCUUGAUUAUUGUGCAAAUUUAGAAGAGGUUGAUGAUUCUGUUGGAUUUCUUGAUAAACUUGUCGAGUUGAGGGCUUCUGGAUGCACCAAACUAAGGGCAUUUCCACGUGCCAUUAGGUUGCCAUCACUCAAAAGUCUGAUCCUUAUAUGGUGUUCAAGCAUUCAAAGAUUCCCAGAUAUCUUAGGAAAAAUGGACAAUCUCGUAUCCAUUUCUAUUGAAAGUAGUGGCAUAGAAGAAUUACCAGCUUCCAUUGGAAACCUUAUUGGACUUCAGGAACUAUGCAUGACAUCUUGCUUAGGUCUCAAGGAACUACCAGAAAGCCUUGACAUGCUACAAAAUCUAAGAAACCUUAACAUAGAGGGUUGUCCACAACUUCGAAAUUUUUUGAAGAAAUUGAAAGACAUGGGACAGCAUACCCCUACCUUCCAUAAUGUUGAUUCAUUGAAUCUAGAAAAUUGUGGCCUAUUGGAUGAAGAUCUUCCCAUAAUUUUACACUCUUUUCCAAAGUUGACUUCACUAGACCUUUCAGGGAACAAAUUUGAAAUGCUUUCAUCCUGCAUACAGGAGUUUCUUUACUUGCAAUUACUUCACUUAAACAGUUGCAAGUUUCUCCAAGAAAUUCCAACCUUACCUCCCAAUUUACGAUUCAUUGAUGCAAGUAAUUGCACAUCAUUGAAUAGAGAGUCGUCAAGUUCAUUAUUGAGUCAGGAUACCUUUCAGGAAAGGGAGUUACAUGUUAUUGUGCCUGGAGCAAGCAUUCCGACAUGGUUUGAUCUCUGCAGCAAAGAAGAAUAUAUGACAUUUUGGGUUCGUGAGAAAUUUCCAGUGAUUGCCCUAUGUUAUGUUUUUGCAGUAGAGGGUGAAAUGAAGAAGGAGGGUUUCAGUUGCGAAGUUCGCUUUUUCAUUAAUGGUGAAGAAUUGUUUGAAUUGGAAAUACCAACAAGCUUCGCAAAAAUGGUGACAGAUCAUGUUUGGCUAUUUGAUUUGCGAACGCUGCCUCCCUUCCAGGGGAAAGCGUUUGAUUCUUAUUUGGAUGAUAACUGGAAUCAGGUGGAGAUUUCUUGUGAAAAAAUGUCUGAAGUUCCAAGUGUAACUGUGAGUUGGUGUGGGAUACAUGUAAUCCAACAAGAAGAAAAUGCGAUCAGAUUCACAGACCCCUAUUUGGAUUCUGAUUCUGUCACAGAAUCUGAUAACAAAGAGACUGAACUGAAGAAGCUCACUAGUAAUAACAAGUCAGUGGAAGAUUUUCAAGUCUUCAAAGAUAAUUGUCACAAUGUGAAUGAUAACUGGGAAGCCUGUGAGGCAGAGGAUAGCCAAAUGCUUGAAUGCAAGGGAAAUGAGAUAAACAAAACUCAGGAUGAUGAGGAAAUGGAAGCAUUUUAUGCUUCUUUAGAUGCUGAGAUCUUUGUUCCAUUACCUUCAAAAGAUAUCACAUCUAUUUCUGAAUUGAAAACUGAUAUCAAACCAAGUGAAGGAAUCCAAAAAGCAUGGAAGACAUUUCAAGAAUUUCUCACCAAAGAUUUUUCUGAAAUGUUGGAGCCUAAAAAUUAUAGUACCAUGAAAGCUACAUUGGAUUGCCUCUCUGGAUUAUCUGCAGAUGAUGGAGUGUCAAUAGAAAUGAGAUCAGUGAUAAUAGAAGUUUCAAGAGAAUUUACUCAUUGGAGUUGCGAUUAUAGCAAUGCAAGCAAGAAAAUGAAGAUUACCGAAGCCAGCGUGUUGAAAAUGCAUGAAACAACUGAAAGUCUUGAAGCUAACAAGAGCCAUUUCAAGGAGGUGAUGACCAUGAAAAAUGAGCUGCACAGCCAAUUGGCCUAUUUGGAGGAGAGAAAGAAAGAGCUGGAGGAUCAAAUCAACGCCAUUAAAUCUGAUAUCAGGGCUUUCGAAUCAGCUGAGAAAAUGGUUACUAAGAGAAAGAGAGAAAUUUUUGAGGAAGGAAAGCUUCUCCUAGCUCAAAGAGAUGAGUUGAGAGAACAAUUGCCACGCUUGAGAGAUGACUGGGCACUGGCCAAGGAGAUCCACGCAAAUAUCAGUACCGAAUGGUCAAAACUUGGAGAGAAAAUAAACAACAAAAGCGUAUAUAGGUGUUUUUGAGUGAAAUAUGGUCUGUUAUGUAAGAGGAAGUACUAGGAAUAGAAAUAAAUUAUUGAACACAUGAUGUCAAGUUCACUCCAACUUUGAAGAGUAAAUGUAGAAUAUGUUUGUUCAAUGAA